UGUUUGAAAAUGUUGUUAUGGUAGUCUGUGAAAAAAAGGUUCCCAACCCAUAUUUGUCUGACUUUGAAAAGGUUUUUGUGGAUAACCCAACAGGUAUGGAUGCUCGCAAACGUAAGCAUCCACCAACGCCUCACAUACCGUCAGAAGAGACAAAUUUUGACACAGAAUUUUCUCUACCCCACGUACCAAUGUACAUGCAUGUAGACAGAGACUCUAAUAAUUUUGAAAAUGAUCUAAAUGAAAAUACUCAGAAUCAUUCUUUAGGACUGAAAGGAGACAGAGCCAAUAUUGCGGUAUUAUUCUUUCUUUAUGUUUUACAAGGAAUUCCAUUGGGCCUUGGCAGCAGCAUACCAAUGAUUUUACAAAAUCAUGGAAUUAGCUAUAAGCAACAAGCACUCUUUAGUUUUGUACAUUGGCCUUUUAGUGUAAAGCUUUUAUGGGCACCAAUUGUAGAUUCUAUAUACUCGUCCAAGUUUGGUCGUCGUAAGUCAUGGUUAGUCCCAACACAAUACACCAUAGGCAUAUUUAUGCUCUUUCUGUCUGUUUAUGUCAUGUCACUCCUUGGCGAUGAGACCCAGAAUAUCCAACCCAAUGUUUUUAUUUUAACAACAGUGUUUUUCAUGCUGAAUUUCCUAGCUGCUACUCAAGAUAUUGCAGUUGACGGCUGGGCAUUAACAAUGCUAUCCAGACAUAAUGUUGGACAUGCAUCUACUUGCAACUCUGUAGGCCAGACAACUGGAUACUUUUUGGGUAAUGUAGUAUUUUUAGCCUUGGAGUCGUCAGACUUCUGCAACAAAUACUUACGCACAGAGCCACAGCCUAAUGGUUUGCUUACACUGUCUGGUUUUCUUUACUUCUGGGGAGUGGUAUUUCUUGUAACAACAACCCUAAUCAUGCUGUUUAAAAAAGAAAGUGUAUCUGAACAUUUGAUGAAAGAUGGUGAUUAUGGUCUUGUAGGGACGUACCAAAUGCUUUACAGGAUUCUGUGUCUACCAAGUGUCCGUGCUUUUGUGAUAAUUCUUCUUACUUGUAAGAUUGGAUUCUCAGCUACAGAUGCAGUUACGGGUUUGAAGUUAAUUGAGGCUGGAGUACACAAAGAGCAUCUUGCUCUCAUGGCCAUACCUAUGGUACCUCUACAGGUAUUAUUGCCACUGACCAUUAGCCGGUAUACUGUAGGACCAAGACCGUUAGAUGUUUUCCUUAAAGCCUUUCCAUUCAGGUAUGUAGAUAAAACUACCGUGCAAUAGGUAACGUUGUAUAGUAUAUUUGUGGCUGUCAUGGCUUUCCAUGCUCGAGUGAGUGAUCCAGCCAUUGGAGGAACUUACAUGACUUUACUGAACACUGUCACAAAUCUUGGGGGAAACUGGCCAGCAACCCUUGCCCUCUGGUUUGUUGAUCCACUUACCAGUAAAUCAUGCGUUGGAGGAUUGUACAAUGGAAUGUCUUGUGGAACAAAAGCCCUCUCAGAGAGUUGUGUGAGCAGUAAUGGAGAGUGUGUCGUUACCAUUGAUGGGUAUUAUAUAGAAACUGUUAUUUGUGUUGCUUUGGGAUUUUUAUGGUUACUUUGGGGAAAACAUAGAGUCCAACGUCUCCAGACACUCUCCGAAUCUGCUUGGAAGUGCCAAUAGGCACUGAACUUCGGAAGCAUAAAGAAGUGUAUGUUGUUGUAUUCCACAUAUCGCAAUAU